UCGCAUGCGCAGAGGCAAGAUUUAGAAGUGUUGUUGGGAGCAGACUAGUUUUAAGAUCGGCUCACAGCCAAGUUCGAACAGAUCACACCUCUGACUCCAACUGUACGGCUACACUGUCUGGCGGACCGCGACCAACAUGAAGACUGCGGCCAUACUGGUGGUGUUGGGGCUCCUGGUGGCGGUUGUUUUCGCCGGGGAAGCGAACGAAAUACUCCAGAGCCAGCUCGAGAAGCGAGACUUGGAUAACCUGGAGAGGAUUGCGGGCGCCGACAAGAGUCUGUUGGAAGAUGUUGAUUUCCGUAAGGAGGCGGGGAAGACCCUGAAAAGGAUCAAGCGUGCUUCUAAGACCAUGACUUCUGAAGACUACAUGAAACUGCGUCAGAGUGUGGCUAGGUUCGUCGGACCGCAGGGAGCAAAGAAGAUCAUGGCUUUCACCAAGAUGCUGAAGAAGAAAUAAAUGCGCAAUUCGCAACGAUUAACAGCGAGGGCAGCCAUCCACAUGUCCGCGCCAUCCACAUGUCACGCUAUCUUUAGUUUGAUCGUUAAGUUUUGAGUAGACUCGAAUACCCAGUUUCCAGCCUUCUUUCAUAGAUGUACUCUUAUGCUAAUCUCCAAGCAGAUGUUUAGGUGGCCGCAAAAGACAGUAUCAAAUUGGCCAGGCAGUAUCCA